UCAUAAUUACUUUUUUUUUGGGAUCAUGUCAAUCAUUUUAGUUUGAUUUUUGUUUUCAUUAAAAUCGCUCAUUGCCUUCGUUGGUUGAUUUCGUCGGGGGCAAUACAGAGACCCAGAAAACGAAAUUACUCUCGCUUUCAAAUUCUCGAUCUUUUUCUCCUUUACCGAUUUCCUAAUCUCGAAACUUUCAGAUUAUUUUUAGAUAUAAUUUUGUUGAUAGAAGCCGAAAUUCAGAAACAUGAGCAUGGGAGAUUUUCUCGGUAUUCAGCCCUCAGAGCUGAAAUUCCCAUUUGAAUUGAGGAAGCAGAGCUCAUGUUCUAUGCAGUUGACCAAUAAGACUGAUCAGUAUGUUGCAUUUAAGGUGAAAACAACCAACCCCAAAAGGUACUGCGUUCGCCCUAAUGCCGGCGUUGUUUUGCCCAAUUCUGUGUGCAAUGUCACAGUCACUAUGCAAGCGCAAAAAGAGGCUCCUCCUGAUAUGCAAUGUAGGGAUAAGUUUCUGGUUCAGAGUGUUAUUGCUCCAGAAGGUGCAACUAAUAAGGAUGUAACACCAGAAAUGUUUAACAAGGAGGACGGGAAGCUUGUUGAUGACUUCAGAUUGAGGGUUGUUUUUGUUCCAGCUAACCGUCCCUCUCCAGUACCUGAAGGAGAUGAAGAAGGGACUUCUCCUGGAACGUCUUCAGCUGAGGAUGAGAUUAAAAAAUCUUCAUUGCCUGAAGCUGCACAGUCAGUUGUCUCAAAGUUGAAUGAGGAGAAAGCUUCUAUUAUUAAACAAAAUCAAAAGCUGCUCGGAGAAUUGGAAUUGAUGCAAAAACGAAGCAGAGAAGGGCAACGUGGUGGCGUAUCUGUUGUGGCAGUAGUGGUUGGGCUACUUCUGGGUAUAUUGGUGGGAUACUUGAUCAGGAAAUAAAAGUUAAUAUGCAAGAAAGUCUACAUUCUUUGUUCAAAUGUCCUAAAUUUGCACUCUACAUUCUUUGUUCAGAUGUCCUAAAUUUGCACAUCUGGUUUUGCCCUUCUUAAUUCAUGCAAAAAAUUGCUGGAUGUUCCAUUAUUUAUCAUCAGAUUUUGGGGAGUUGGAUUCUUUCAGAGUUUGGAGGUAUCCUGCUUGUGAUGGUGGCAUGUACAAUGAACCAAAGUUACAAAUAAGAUUCAUGCAUAUGCUUACCCCGGA